GUUUACAAAGAUAUUUAACCACAUGUUGAGAAUAUGGUCAGAUUCAAGUCAAGGUAUUUGCUGUGCGAGCUGUGUGUCUCUGAACCCAGCAGUCUUCAUCUUUUCGAGGAUAAAGUCGUGUAUCAGGCACUCAGAGGGGCUGUGAACCGAGCUCACGGCGACUACGGAGCGGCGAUUUUUAAUAUAACGUUAGGCGUAUUAGUGAAAUAUCUGAAUGCCCACACUGGGGUGGUGCUGAUCCGCUGCAGGAAAGCGCAUUAUCGGCUUGUGUGGUCCUCUCUUCCCUUCAUUACUUUCCUGGAGAACAGAGGACAGAAAGUGCGGUGCUUCUUCAACUGCAUUCAUGUCGGAGGAACCAUUAGAACGAGUCAGAAGUUUCUUAUUAAGUACAACAGACAACAGCUCCAACGAAUGCUCCUAGAUUGCAAGACAGAUGCUGAAAAACAAGAUGUCAGGAAAGCCAUCCUGAGCUGUUCUCUGAAUCUGAUCAAAGGAGAGGAAACUGAUGGAAGUGAUGAUGAUGGUGAUGAAGAAGACACCUAAAAUUCCCCAUAUAAAAAAGCACAUACGGGAUGUGUACUUCAUUAAGGCAAGAUGCAACCAUGCAGUGGUUUGGAUGACAUGGUGAUGUUGUUUAUACAUAAUGCAGUUGAAUAGUGAAUUGUUAUGUGGUUCCCGAACUGUAAUAAUAAUUGAUUUGAUGCUUUUUUAUUUUAUACAUCAAUUAUGAAUGUGGUUUAUGUUUACAGGACUGUUUAGUUGUAUGAAUGCCAUGUGCAGUGAUUUUUUUUUCACCUCAGAAAGCUGAAACAACUUCUGGUGCUUCUUGCUGUUCACUAUAGAUUUGUAAGCAUUUGUUUCAAAUAAAGUAAAUAUGAAUAACUCAA